UGAUUUAUGUAUGGGAUCUAACAAAUGAUUCAUUAAUUUGCUUAAACCGUGAAGGAUAAGUCAUAUUUAGCAAAUUCAUAUUUUUUUAAAAAGUACAGACUUUCACGUCAUCACGCCCUUCCAACAUUCCAACUGGAAAACUCUGGUAUCGUCUAUAAUUCCGAAGUUUCCGCUCAUUAAUAUGACUUUGCUGGGUCAUUCAGGUGCUCGGAAUACAUCAUUAUAAUGAUAUUUCCCAUAUGUCCGACUCCACUUGAAGGGCACUGUGUCUUCCUCUCGUGUUAGUGAGGAUGUUGGUGAAGGGGAUUAUGGGUCUUUACCCACGUCGCUGCCAUCUUUGUUCUGCAUCUUUCUCAUUACGCAUUCAAACAGACUUCCUCUCAGCUCACACAUGCUGUUAUAAUGUAGAUUAACACUCGUGCAUCAUCUUCAUGAGGUUUGGCUUCUGUAUGGUCAGCUGUUCAUGUGCAUGCAUGCCCUCUUGUUUUGUAUGUUUAGAUACCAGUGCAUGGAGCGCACGUGUCCAGCUGUGUCUUUGUCCUGUAGAUGUGGACGCUGGACUCAUGCUGUGUGUGUGUGUGUGUGUGUGUGUGCGUGUGUGUGUGUGUGUGUGUUACCAUGAGCCGAUGCGACCAGACAAAGCAUGCAGAGUAAUACUCGCCAAUAAUAGUCACUAGUUCAUGUAGAAAAUAAAUUAAAACUGGCUGUUAAUUAAAUAUAGAUGAUAUGAUAAUGAGGAGGUGGGGUCUUGCAUAUGGUGUGUGGUCCAAACUGGAACACCUGAUUGGCCGAUGUUCUAAUCUUCACUGGCUGUUUAUGUAACAGUAGCUGGUCAUGUGACGUGAGUGACAUCACCGCUUCACCUACUCUGUUGGCAAUGUGUUUGUGUGAUGAGAUUUGAAAGAGCUCAGUAGGACAAUUAGCCUCCUGAUACGCACACACACUUUUCAUGUGGCGUUUUGUAACAGGGUGCACAGCGUUGGAUGUUCAUGGUGUUGUAUAUGUGUGUGAGGGGUCUCGUGGACAUUAGGGGUGUUUGGCGGUGGCUGCAUGUUUCCUCGUUUGCGUGGAGGUUUUGAUUGACAUCUCAAUGAGAGAGACAGGGCUGCUGGAGCCAAAAGGGCCUGUGAUGAUGAAGAAGAUGACACUCAGACUGCUGUACUGGGAACUGCAACAUUACAGUUCUUCAGGAGCCAGUGUGGUCGCCAUUGACAACAAAAUCGAGCAAGCCAUGGACCUGGUGAAGAGUCACCUGAUGUAUGCGGUGCGUGAGGAAGUGGAGGUGUUGAAGGAGCAGAUAAAGGAGCUGAUUGAGAGGAACUCUCAGCUGGAACAGGAGAACACGCUGCUGAAGAACCUGGCCAGCCCCGAACAGCUCCUCAGUUCCAGCAGGAGGUCCAGACGGACUCCCCGACCUCUGGAGGUCAGACCGGACCCCUCACACAGAGCCAGGGCCCCGGCCCGACCGCCUAACUACCUCUCCAUGAGCGACUCGCUCCAGACGACGAGAGACAACCUGACGAAGACGAAACGGUACUGUGAAGAGACCUGGACCUUCAGAGCGCAGGACGUCUGACACAGUACACACACACUUUAGCAGAGCUUCAUCUGCCUCAGACAAUCACUACUGACCAGGGUGGGACACACGUGACUUCCUGUGCAAUCUGGGCUUGACCAAUCACGCAUGCCGAACGGGACAUUUCUUACAAGUCUGUAUCAGCAGGAACCGAUGACGGGAAAUCCCGUUGCCACAUUGUCCUGUUUUUGUACAUCAUAUGAAGUUUUAAGUAUGCUUUGAUAUUUUUGUUACUGGUUUAAUUUGUUUUAUUGUUUAUUUUCUCCACUAGCUGUAUCACAUUUAAAGUAAUGAGCACUUUGUAGUGGACACUUGUAAAUAAGACGACAAAACAGGGAGCACCUCAUCUGGAAUGGGGCAAGAGAAUCUGAAUUGAAACCAGUUUCACCCUUGAUUCAUCCCUUUGUGAUGUGGGAAGGGGUUGAUGGUGAUGUCACCGUGCUGAUCCCUUGAUAGUGUACUUCCUGCUUGUAUAAACUCACGGCGUGUGUUUGCAUAUGCAGAGGAAUGGAGUGAAUGGACUUGUAUGUGCCAUGAAGUUUCAGAUUGGAAUCACUCUGAAGGAUCUUGAUAUUCAUAAAGUUGUUCAUGUACAUGUGUACAGUUUCACUGAAGAGCACACACACACACACACACACACACACACACACACACACAUCCAGUGAACUGAUGAAUGCAUCAAACACUCUUUCAGCUUGAGAAUAAUUAAAGUUUUGCUCAUAUCAAGCUCUUUAAAUGUGACUUCAUCAUUGCUGGAAACCUGCUUUGCCUUCUGUCCAUCACUCCUGACGCAUCACAGCUCAUUAUGACCCGAACAAGUGUCAAAUAUGACCAAAUGUUGUGCAUGUUUCCUUCAAUGUGACGUCAUACAGCUGCACUAAACAGCUGCACAUUGACUUUAAUAAAACAAAA